GUGGCACAAUAGACAUUACAGUACAUGAGAUCCAAGAAAACUAUUGCCUGAAGGAGUUACACAAGGCAGCUGGAGGUGGAUGGGGAGGCAACACAGUGGAUGAAAACUUCACUGAUUUCCUCAAGGAAAUAUUCAGUGAUGGUGUAUGGGAUGAAUAUGUGAAGAGCCACCCUACUGAAUUACAACAUAUGAUGUACUGCUUCAGUCUACAGAAAUGCUCUGCUAGUAGAGAGGAGGUCUACAUACGUUGCUACUAUAACUUGACCAGAGUGGCAGAGUGCAAGAAGAACAUCUCCCACUUCUUCAAAAAAGUAAAAGGAGCUUUGUGGUGUGACGGGAUGAUCAUGAUUACAUAUGAGAAAAUGAAAAGCUUUUUUGACUACAGUAUCAGAAAUAUUGUUUGUACUUUGAGGGAAAUUCUUGGCAAGCCUGAGAUAGCCAAGGUCCAGUACAUUUUGCUUGUGGGGGGCUUUGCAUCUAGCAUCAUCUUGAGAGAUGCGAUCAGUCAGGCCUUUAGCAAGAAGUAUCAUAUCCUUUGUCCAGUGGAGGCCCAAGUGGCCAUUGCAAAAGGGGCUGUUUUAUUUGGCAUCAAGCCACACAUUGUUACCUCAAGAGUCAGCGCUCGGACAUAUGGUUUAGCAGUAAGUCAAAAAUUUGAUGCUGCUAUCCAUGACUUCAGUAAACGAAGGGUCUCAAAAGCUGAUGGCUAUAUUUAUUGCACAAAUCUCUUCAAGAAAUUAGUGGGAAUUGAGGAGUCAGUGAAUAUAAAUGAAGUUGCCCACUAUAAUUUCCAUCCAUCAGAACCAGAUCAAACAUGUGCAUGCUUUUCUUUCUACUGUACAGAAAAGCAGGAUGCUCAGUACAUAGAUGAGGAAGGGAUGGAACAGCUUGGUUCCUGUACAGUGCCAAUGCCAGACACAAAGCUGGGGAGGAACCGUCAACUGAAGCUGGAUAUUAAAUUUGGGCUCACUGAAUUUAAAGCCACAUGCACUGACGUUACUUCCAAACAAAGUCAGGUGGUUAUAAUAGAUUUUUUAGCUGCGUAA